UUUUCGAGAUGAACGAACAGUCCAGAACCCACUGCUCGAAACCGCAGCCACUGGCCAGUCGAUGCCCAUGACUGCGGUGCCCAGGACCGGCCCCGGUUGCCUGGGGUCGCCGCCGGCUCAGGCUCUGUCGAGCUCACUAGCCGGGGUUCAAGGCGCCCCGAAGCGACUGGGCGCAUCGAAGCCGUCGUGGAUCGUUCGCACUGAGUCAAACGUGAGGAGGGAGAGAGCAAAACGACCUGAUCCUCCUUGCACCAUCUGCAAGGGCACAGGGAGAAUAGACUGCCGCAACUGCUUUGGCCGAGGAAGAACAAACCAUGCCGAUGUGGCCAUGCUUCCGAACGGCGAAUGGCCACAAUGGUGUCGAAUUUGUGGUGGUAGUGGACUGGAUUACUGCCUCCGGUGCCAUGGAACUGAGGAAUCGCCUGGGGGCUGGGGGUCCAGUUUCCAGCCGUUCUCGAGAUCGAAUCUGCAUGCCAUGACGUCCCAGGGCCCGGCGUCGAACGAGGUCUUGGCGAACGCCUUCCAGUGGCUGUCGCCCAGGUCCGUCACCGCCUGCCGCGCCGUGUGCCUCAGGUGGUCCGAGCUGCUCUCUUCGCCCCGUCUCGAGUUUCUCGCCGACGUCGACGACGGCAACGCCGACUCGUCCGCAUGCUUCGCUGGCCUCGGCGGUGCCAGCGCGGGCCGCGCCCGGCGCCGGCGCAGGCGCAGGCGCGGCGACACCGUUCCAGCAGCAACUUGGUUUCCGUCGCUGCCCAAACUUCAGCAGAGGCGAUCUAAGAAGAAGCAAGCGUACCGGCGCAUGUUCUGACGGCCGAGCGCAUGUUCUGACGGCCGUGUUCACGUGGUGUAAGUUCUGUGUCGAGUCCAAUCUGUGUGUCCCUUGUUUGUCAGGUUUAGAUUCUGCUAUUCUACUACUAUAGUCAGAGUGCACGAUGCACGCAACUGUACGUCUCUAUCGUUGUUUUCAACAUGAUGAACAUGCGAAUUUCGUGGUA